AUGGAGCACGAACUCGCCAUCGCCAACGCGGCGCUGUUCGCGGCCCUCUUCCGCGCCGAUCCAACCCCCCUCACGCGCCCUGAUGCUGAAGCCUUCCUUCUACUUCUCGACUCGGCCCUCGUCCAAUGCUCUCGUCCCAACGUCCAGGUUUGCUUCAUUGCUCGAGACACAUCUUGGAUCGUCGACAACAUCGCUGUCUCUUCCACCCACCGGGCCACAGCUCUGGGGAAGUACCUGGCGGCUCUCGCGUCGAAACCGAGCGACCGCGGCCGCAGAAUCAGUCUCAAGAGAUGGAGACUGCAUAUUCUCUUCCUCCUCAACGAUGUCAUUCAUCAUUUGGUGACUCGGCUUAAUAACCAUAAAUUAGAGUCCGCGUGGGAGGCGCAUCUGCCUGCUCUCUUCGCCGCCGCCGCCGAUUUCGAGCAGUGCCCGAAGCACAAAAAUAAGCUCGAGAAUCUCCUGGAUUUAUGGCAGGAGAAAUCAUACUUCUCUGCAAGCUUUAUUGCAAAGCUCCGCGAUGCUCUCGCAAAUGGCGUCUCGCCCCAGCAACCUCCGAGUCAAUCCAUCAGCAACACCAAUGUGAAGCUUUCAAAAGACACGCCGUUCAUCCUCCCCGCGUUACAUGGCGACCCCUCGACGCCAUGGUUUGAUCUACCUGCAUCUACGUGGCUCAUGCACAUGCAAUCCAAUUCCACCAAGCCCAUGAAGCCAGAGGAGAUCAAGCCCUUGCAAUUGAAAGCCGGACCCGCAAGCCAGAAGCUUGUCGCCGCUGUUCAGGAUCUACUCGCAGAUGCAGAUUAUAUCUUUUCCAAAGGGACCCAAGAAAAUAAUGAUGAGAUAAACGAACUUGGGGAGAGGAUAAUUCUGGACGAUGUCACUGGCGAGAUUGUCGGCGGGGAGACCUACUACGGCUGGUCCAGGAAAUUCUGCGAGCAGAUGAAGAUCCACAAACGGAAAGCGAAGAAUAGGGAGGCAAAGGGCCGCUCAAGUUCAAGGUCAAGAUCAAGGUCCAUGUCAAUGUCGGACCAAGAUUCGCGACGCCGCUCAUUGAGCCCCGGCCGAGUCGUCGAUAUUCCGACUCGCCAGCUGGACGAGGUCGCUCCAGCAGUCGAAGUCGAAGUCGAAGCCCCGACUCACGACGCUUCCGUCGACGCUCAUAUAGUCGCUCGCCUUCCAGAUCUAGGUCCCGCUCUCGCUCCCGCUCUCGCCCGAGACAGCCGCCAUAUCACAACCGACCGCCACCCCCGGCCGAGAACAACUUCAUGGGUUCUCAACCACCACCACCCCCUCCUCCCCCUCCGUCCCAACACCCCUUCCCUUCUUUCCCUCCCCCUCCACCACAAGGAUAUGCAGGUCCUUGGCCCCCGCCGCCGCCAAAUUCUAUGGGAGGACCACCUUCGAAUUGGUUCCCUCCUGUACCACCUGUGA